UUCUUGAUCAUCACUAUAGGCUGCAAACUAUCUGGAUAUCAAGGGAUUAUUAGAUGUUACUUGCAAGACUGUUGCCAACAUGAUCAAAGGUAAGAGUCCGGAGGAGAUCAGGAAGACGUUCAACAUAAAGAACGACUUCACACCAGAGGAAGAGGAGCAAAUUCGGAAGGAGAACGAAUGGUGCGAGGAGAAGUAAGGCUGCAGCACUAAGCUUGUCUCCUACUCUUCUAGCCUUUAUGCAGAGUCAUUACGUAUGGUUGUGCAACCCAUCCAUUUGUACAGCUACAUACAUAGGUGCUGUUGUGCUGUGUCAUGAUGUUUA